AUGGAUAUACCGGAUGCAAUAGAUGAUUCCAUAGCUGUUGCAGAAAACAGUAAUAUUGCCAACUGCAGUGAUACUAUUGAUGAACAUUACCAUGAUAAGAAGAACAAGGAAGCACUUCAAUUCAUUGAAGAAAUUACAAUUAAUGCCGAUGAAGUUCAAAAUCAAGCUCUCGCAGAAAUCUUAUCUUGUAAUGCUCAAGUCGACUGCUUACAAAGACAUGGUUUAAACGGACAAACAUAUUGUAAGACAUUUAAGAUAAUCAUGCCCGUGGUUACAUAUGAAGAUAUAAAACCUGACAUUGAUCUGCUCAUCGCUAAAGGUAAUAGUAUUUCAUCUACUCUCUGCAAAUCGCCUAUUUCUCAGUUUUUCCGUAGCACGGGAACUUCAUCUGGAAUGAGUAAAUUAAUACCAUCAACAGAAGAACAAGCUGAGAAAUCACGACAAUUCUGCUCCCUCUUAAUUCCGGUCUUAAAUCAGCAUAUUCCUGGUUUAAACAAUGGAAAGGCGAUGCAGAUUAUUUUUGUAUGUCCAUGUACUGAAAAACCAGGAGGAAUAAUAUCAUCUUUAGUAUCUACAAGCGUAGCCAAAACCUCCAGAAAUUUGUCUAGUAAUAUUAAUUACACCAGCCCAAUAGAAACCAUUUUAUAUGAGGAUACUCAUCAAAGUCUAUAUUCUCAAUUACUUUGUGGCCUCUAUCAAAACAAACAAGUUCUUCGCCUAGGAUUCGCUUUCGCUUCGGGUUUUAUGGUAGCCGUUAAGUGUUUACAGCAACAUUGGACCCUUCUAUGUGAUGAUAUCCGACAUGGAACUAUAGCAGAAGACCACCCUAAAAUCACUGACCCAUCGGUGAGAAAAGCGGUCAUGAAAAUACUAGUCAAGACAACCCCAAACUUGCUGAUUUCAUCGAGAAUGAGUGUAAGAGAGAUUCAUCAUGGGAAGGCAUAA